UCCUUCAUUAUCCAAAACAACCAUUUGGCAAUUUGGAAAAUAAAAACGAUUGUGUCUCAUAAAUUUGCUCAUGGCUGAUUUCACAUCAGACUUUCAAAGUUUUAAACAAUCAUUUUCUUUCUUGGAUAUUGAUCCCGCCAUGGAAUCACUCAACCAAUUUGCUGAGCUGAGCCCAGGUGUCAUAGACAAUUCAGCCUUGAAUUUCCAAAGCUUCUUGCCUUUCUCCAAUGACAGCUUCUUCAGCAAUCAAGCACCUGAGAUUCCAGGCAAUAACUGGGGGGAAAACUUGCCAGGUUUUAUCCAUCAUAGCAACCAGAGUUCAGUAGUGUCAGUUGCUCAGCCCACUGUCACAUCUAAAACUGAAUUCCAUGAAAUCAAGAAGAGGAAAGCAUUGGAUGUAUCAGAAAGUAGUUCUGGGAACUCAUCAUCUCCUCAGGUUUCUGAAAGUGGAAUCAAGAGAAGAAAUAAUCCAGGAAGAGGGAAAAGAGCAAGAAGUAAUGAGAAGGGAGAGGAGAAACCAAAAGAAGUGGUUCAUGUCAGAGCCAGAAGAGGUCAAGCAACUGAUAGUCACAGUUUGGCAGAAAGGGUUAGAAGAGGGAAAAUAAAUGAGAGACUAAGAUGCUUGCAAGAUAUUGUCCCAGGAUGCUACAAGACCAUGGGCAUGGCAGUGAUGUUGGAUGAGAUAAUCAAUUAUGUCCAGUCCUUGCAGAAUCAGGUUGAGUUUCUUUCUAUGAAGCUGACGGCAGCAAGCACAUAUUAUGACUUCAACUCGGAGUCAGAUGCCAUGGAGAAAAUGCAGAGGGCAAAAGCACAGGAGGCAAAAGAGUUGGAUAGAUUGAUGAGAUCAGAAGGAUAUGUUGGAGGGCUAGCUUGCUUCCACUCAGCAGCAUGGUCCUCUUUGACUUAACUUCUAGAUGUUACACCUAAUUUGCCUUACAACACAUGAAGAUGCUCUAUUUUUCAACACUUUUCCAAGUUUAAAAGUAUCAGAAGUGUACCCCACUUGAUGCUGUACCUAGCAUAAGUGAAAAAAUUUAUACUUGUAAUUUGCCAGUCACAAGCAUUGGAAUUCUAUUCAAUAUUUACAAGAAAAGCUUACAAGUACAUUUUGUUUCUUC